UGUCCUUGUAUAUACGAUGGUACUCCCCUAGAGCUCUAUGGUACUCCAUGCAUGAUUGCACCUCCACAUAAGUUUCUCCGUCGCCUGAGCUCCUUUGGAACUAUCCUCUUAAAGCUUCAUGGUUGAACAGAAGACAACACCCGAAUCAAAUCCCCCACCUCUGUUAUUUCUACCUCCAUGGUUUAUCAUUAUGCCUUCAACCUUCACCAUACGCGUUCAGUGCAUGGGUGCAGUAUAUAGGCAUACCCGAUAUAGCUUUGGCGGUUGGCAGUGAUUAAAAACAAUUAAUGAAAAACCACCUUUUCUCGUAUACCAAUAUACCAGAGACCGACAGGACGCAAGCUGAGAUCAGAUAAAAUACUCCAGCACCGGACAAAGUGACGCAGUGCGGCCGAGGAUGAUCUAACAAGACCGAUGAGUAGUAUCCAAAGACUGUAAGAAGACCGGACCGUCAUAAUACCGUUGAAGUUUUUAGCCCAACCCCCAAAACAAAACAAAAAGAAGAACAAGAACAAGAUGCGUGUGAAAUAUAUAGCAAAACGGUUAGCAGCAAUAGCCGUCUUUGCAUACAUAGCAUUGGUGACUGUACUUUUGCUCUCAGCUGAUGUGAUUCCCAAUUAUAUGGUGUCUAUAAAAACUCGUCUUCAAGGGCUGCAGCGAGGGCUGCAGCGAGGUCUCCAGUCGACGUCUGAUCUAGUUGCACCCCUCCCCUCCUGUGUUACUUGUUGCUAUCGGUACAUUCACUGUUUGAACUCCACUAAAUGCGGUAACAACACAUUUGUCAAGGCUAACUUGCCGGAUGACGAAUUUAAAAAACGACAGUGCAUGCGUCGGCUGCCCGGGGCCAUCAUUAUCGGCACGAAAAAGUCCGGGACGUCGGCACUGCAGAAGUUCUUGGGCUUCCACCCGGAGAUUGCCGCAGCAGACGGGGAGCCACAUUUCUUCAACAGGCCGGUGUACCACUACGGAGAAACAUUCUACAAGAAGAUGAUGCCGCUUAGCUCCAAGCAGCAGAUCACUCUUGAAAAGACCCCCAUCUACUAUGCUUACCACCCACUGGGCGUCCACCGUCGAGUUCACAGGUUACUACCGCAUGCUAAGCUCAUCAUCAUACUCAGGGAUCCCAUCAAAAGAGCCAUCUCAGAUUACUUCAUGGAGACCAGGUAUUUAUUGGCAUCGGGCGGGAAGCUCUCACCGAAAAGACUUGAACCCUUACACGGAUACGAUCUCGGGGAUACCUUCGAGAAGUCAGUUUUGACUGCAGCAGGCGGUAAGGUGAACCCACAAAGUAAAUUCGUGUCCCUCUCAGUCUACAAUAACUAUUUAGCUCACUGGUUAUCCGUUUUCCCGCGGAGUAGUCUUCUCGCCAUCGAUGGGGAUGCAUUCGUCAAAGAUCCCCUGCCGGUCCUCAAAGAAACUGAACGCUUCUUGGGAGUCCAGAGUUUCUUUGAUGAGGAUUCAUUCUUCACCGAAGAGAAUCGUGGGUUCCGCUGCCUGGCUAAGCCCGUCAGGACGUGCUGGAAGAGCGUCAAACGACCGCCCCACCCAACGAUCCCAGAAGACGUCCUUCAAAAACUUAAGAAGUUUUACGAACCAUACAAUCGAAGUCUAGUUAAACUACUUAAUCAGACGUUUGAAUGGGCUAAGUAGCCCAUUAUGUCAUGGGUUUCCUUGAAAUUAUAUUUAAAACAAAUGUGUUGCUACUUUUAUGCCAUUUACCUCAAGACGGUCACGUCUAUGUCUUUGUAUUCCAUACAAACAUUUUUUAGUUCAAUUUAGAAAUUCAUUUUUUGAGUGACGUAUUCAAAUUGUGAUUGAAUGAGUUGGUGACGUAAUUUCAAAUGUCUCAGGGGUUAGAUUGUUUUUGAACCAUGCAUUCGAAGUAUAUUUAAAUUAGUAAUCAGACGGUCAAAUUGGUAAAGUAUAACCCGGCUUAUCUAGAUUUGAAAUAAUUAAUAAAAAAUAUUGCCCCAAAAUAUCCAAUGCAACUAUAAAAAUAUUUGAUGCCAAACACAAGACGGCCAUGUUUGCCUUUGUAUUCCCAGUAUUGGUUAAUGUACAUUUGGUUUGCGGUAACACCAUGUGUGUAUCUACUUGCAAGGUAGAGAACUGUUUUGCU